AUGGAAACAAGAGCUGAAAGACCGAGAUCAGUUCUUGAAAUUGAUCAACAUGAUAAGAUUGAUUUCAAAGAAAUUAUGAAUUCUAUAGAUCCAAAUAUGAAAUUGCCCGAUAAAUCUAACGAUUUACUAAAUUUGAUCGCAUCAGAAUUAACUUAUCAAAUAAUCAACCAAUCUGCAAACAAAACAAGAGCUCGCGACGACAAUAAAAUAAAUUUAGCCGAUGUUGAAGCAACUUUGACGCAGUUUAAUCAAAAUAAUAUUAAUCCAAAUAUGGUUCCUCCUGAUUUAGAGGAAUAUAAGGUAAAACCUUUAGAGGAGAACCCUUCAGCUCAAUAUUUGCAACAAAGAAAUGAAAUUCAAAAAUUUUUGCAAAUGAAAAAAGCGGAUGAAGAUAAUUAA